AUGGCUUCCUCAUCAUCCCACCGCUCCAGCCGGAGCAACGCGUCCUCUCUCCACCACUUCCAUCAAGCACCGAUUCACCACACCGAACCCGACCCCGAAGACCAUGACGUAACCAACAUCCCCAUCGAGACCCUCGUCGAGCACCUCCUCGCCGCGAAACGCUCCCUCUCUACCAUGACGGCCGUCGUACGCGCCAAUGAGAUAUGCACCGCCGCCCUCCUCGCCUACGAGGAAUCCGUCGUCCUCUCCGCCGAGACGGAGUAUCUGCGACGUGGCAUGGCGAGGCAAUUAUCGGUGUUAGCUCGCGUGAAGCGCAGCUUGAAUAGGACGUACGACGCCGGCAAGAAGGAGUUCAAGCAACUAAUACGGAUGAUGGAUGUGGCGGAUGGUAAGAUGAGGACCACGACGACAUUGUUGAGGGAGAGGGGUGUGCCGAGGGAGUUUAGGGAGGGGGAAGGAGACGAAGGGGAGAAGAAUUUGAUGGAUUUUGUGGACGAGAAAAGUGUGUUGGCGGUAGUGGAUGCUUUGAAAGGAAGUGUGAAAGAGCUGCAGAGUAUACAAACAUCCUUUGACGGCGACAUCCUCCGCUUCGAAACCGAAAUCCGAAACCUCAAGAAAGCCGUCAUUGCAACCUCAACAAAUACCCCCUCCCCAUCAGGCUCGCGUCAACCCAUAUCCACACUUCUCUUCUCCCUCACCGACCACUCGCAGAACAUGGCGGACCUCUUAUCCUCGCUCACAAAGCACUUCGAUCUCUGUGUAACGGCCGUCCGCACAACCGAGGGCGGCGCCGCGCUAGCCCGUAGAAGGGCAGCCGAGGCAACCCAACAGCAACAAGACGGGCCCAACGUCUCAAUCUCCGGAGUCAUCGCCGAGCAGGAAUCGCAUGUUUCCGACUUGGAGCCCAUCACGUCGCAGGACCGCGCGGACAUGAUUAAAAUCGUCGUCGAGGACGCCUCCGAAGUCGAGGGCGUCGUGCGCGAGAUCAACGAUCGGCUCGCGGCUAUGGAAAGCGAGUUCGACGCGCUCCAGCGCGAGGCUGAACAUGUUCGUCGGGCUUACACGGGAACGCAUGAGGCGUUCCGCGUGCUCGAGGAUAUCGGGAGCAAGUUGGUCAUCUACGUCGCGGCUGAGGCGGAAUUCCUGGCCCGAUGGGACGACGAGAAGGAGGCCAUCUUUUCGAAGCUCGAGGAGAUGGAGCAGCUUAGGGAGUUUUACGAAGGUUACGCGAAUGCCUACGAGCGGCUGAUUCUCGAAGUCGAUAGAAGACGCACCGUCGAGGACCGCAUCCAGAUGAUAUGGAAGAAAGCCAGGGAAAACGUCGACAGGCUCGUGCAGGAAGAUCUUCAGCACCGAGACAACUUUAUGCAAGACGUGGGCGAGUUCCUACCGACGGAUUUGUGGCCCGGUAUGAAUAAGGCCAUGAAGCGGUGGGAGGUCACACCUGCCAUGGUUGAGGGGAUGGAGGCUCAGAGGAGCACGCCGGCUCUUUCGAGGAGUGUUGUUGAGGGAGCGAAGGUGAGGCUUACUGGGGGAGGUGGUAGAUGA